AUGAAGGAAGCCAUCGUCAACACCGACAUCUCCGUCACGGUCAAGGACUCACCCGUCCCCACCCCGGGGCCCGGCGAGCUCCUCGUCAAGGUCAUCGUCUCCGGCACAAACCCCAAGGACUGGAAGCUCCCGCACAUGCUCCAGGCGGCGUCCAACUCGGGCGACGACGUCGCUGGCACCGUCGAGGCCGUCGGGGCCGAGGUCUACGAGUUCGCCAAGGGCGACCGCGUCGCGGGCUUCCACGUCAUGCGCACCGAGCACGGCAGCUUCGCCGAGUACGCCAUCGUGCCGGCCUUUUCGACGUUUCACAUCCCCCGCGGCAUCAGCUACGAGGAGGCGGCGACCGUGCCGCUGGCGGCGUACACUGCCGCCACGGCGCUGUUCCACUCGCUCGAGCUGCCCUCGCCGUGGGACCGCACGAGGGCGCAGAAAACGCCCGUCAUCAUCUACGGCGUCAGCACGGCCAUCGGCGCCUUCGGCGUGAAGCUCGCCAAGAAAGCCGGCCUGCACCCUCUCAUCGCCGUGGGCAGCAAGAACAGCGCCUUUGUGACGCCGCUGCUGGAGGAGGACAAGGGGGAUGUAUUUUUGGACUACACGCAGUUCGACUCCCAGGACAAACUUGCGGAGAAGCUGCGCGAGGUUAUCAAGGACACCGGGCUGCCAUGCUUCCGCGUCUUUGACACGGUCAGCGAGAAAGGCUCGUUCGAGAUGCUCGGCAAGGCCAUAGCAGGACCACCCGAGGAGGGCACGGGGUUCAGGCCCAGGGUCACGACGGUACUGCCGGGUAAGGACUUUAGCGCCAUCGACAAGAGCGUCGAGGUUGUCGUCACCAUGGUUGGACACGUGCACGAAGAAGAGGGAGAGGGCCGGUUGUUUGGACUGGUCUGGGCGAGAGUGUUCGCCGAGGGUUUGCGGACAGGCUGGAUGAAGGCUCAUCCUUACGAGGUAAUCGAGGGUUUGCAGGGCGUAGAACGCGCUCUGAAGGGCUUGCAGAAUGGAACCGUCCGGGCGAAGAAGAUGGUGAUCCGGGUCGCAGAGGGAAAUUAA